AUGACCGUUCAAUCCGCUGCUCAAAGAUCAAACUCCCACAGUAAUCAACAGUCCCCACAAUUUCAGCAACACAACCGUUACCACCACCAACCUCCUCAGCAGCGACAGCAAAUGUUACAACAGCCCACCCCCGAUUUGUCCUCGCUUAACCGGAAAGGUUCCAUGCCGCCUCGCUCUUGCAAGGCGGAUGGUCACGGCGUGUCCGCCACUGUUUGUGCUAACUGUUCCACUACUACCACACCCUUGUGGAGAAGAGCCCCGACCGGAGAGACGAUUUGUAAUGCAUGUGGACUUUACCUGAAAGCUCGCAACACGGUGAUGGCCAUUGUGAUGGCACAGGAGGAUCAAGCUCCUGCGAUGGUUGUCCAGCUUACAACCAACAUCAAGUUAACCGUCAAGCCUUGA